AUGACCGGCGUCGACAUCCACCCCUACCACCAGCAAUGGGCCCUGGCGGUAGCCCCUCAUCCUCCCCCGGCCGUCGUCGCCGCUGCGCCUCCACCUCCUCCUCACCACCUCGUCGACAACCCCAACCGGCCCGCUAACGACAAGGUCCGCACCAUCUUCAUCACCGGUCUUCCCGAAGAUGUCAAGGAGAGGGAGAUACAGAACCUCCUGAGAUGGCUUCUCGGCUACGAGGUCUCUCAGGUCAACUACAAAGGCGAGAAGCCGAUGAGCUUUGCGCUCUUCGCCACCGCUCAGCAGGCUAUUGCUGCCAAAGACGCUUUUCAGAGUAUGGUUUUCGAUACGGAAUCAAAGGCGAUGUUGCAUACGGAGAUGGCGAAGAAGAAUCUGUUUGUGAAAAGAGGUGAGAAUGCUACUGAGUUUUUGGUCUGGGUUCGAAAGCGUUAA